GUGGGGGCGCGCGCCAUGUGACGUGGGGUGGGUUUCAGUUAGGUCCUGUAAGCAAAUGUAAAAGGCCUCCCUGGAGCACGUAGCUUCACACAUUCACCUUCAUUGUUUAUAAGAAUCAUUUAGACAUGUCUGGAAGAGGUAAAGGCGGUAAAGGACUCGGGAAAGGAGGCGCUAAGCGGCACCGUAAAGUGCUGCGGGAUAACAUCCAGGGCAUCACCAAACCCGCCAUCCGUCGUCUCGCUCGCCGCGGCGGAGUCAAGCGUAUCUCCGGUCUGAUCUACGAGGAGACCCGCGGUGUGCUGAAGGUGUUCCUGGAGAACGUGAUCCGCGAUGCCGUUACCUACACCGAGCACGCCAAGAGAAAGACCGUCACCGCCAUGGACGUCGUGUACGCGCUGAAACGACAGGGACGCACUCUGUACGGCUUCGGAGGAUAAACAUGUCCGUGUUAACCAUAGAAACCCAACGGCUCUUUUAAGAGCCACCCAUAUCUUCAAAAAGAGUACGUUUUUGACAUGUAAAAACCGUUGUAAAAAUACGACCCACCAAGUUGUUUUGGGUUUAUGAGAGCUCUGGAUGUAUGGCGAUAUAUACAGAUGAUUCUUAACUUUCACAAACAGUAUUAUGCUUUCAAAAUAAUACAACAAAACUGGUUUCAGGACUGUUGGUUGCUAGGGACAUUUU